AUGCCUCCACCUCUGGAUAUUGUGAAGGUAGCCAUUGAGUGGCCUGGUGCUAACGCCCAGCUAAUUGAAAUUGACCAGAAACGGCCACUGGCUUCGAUCAUUAAGGAGGUGUGUGAUGGGUGGUCCUUACCCAACUCCGAUUAUUAUGCAUUUCGUUAUGCAGACGGCCCCCAGCUGUACAUAACUGAGCAGACUCGGUGUGACAUAAAGAAUGGUACCAUAUUACGUUUGGCUGUCUCUCCUUCCCGCGCAGCACGGCAGCUUCUGGAACGGAUUCAGAGCUCCAGUAUGGACUCCAGGCUAGAGGCAAUGAAGGAACUGGCUAAGCUGUCUGCAGACACUACUUUUGCAACCGAAUUCAUCAAUAUGGAUGGAGUAACUAUCCUUACCCGAUUGGUUGAAGGUGGCACAAAGCUUCUUUCACAUUACGGUGAGAUGCUGGCCUUCACCCUGACAGCCUUCCUGGAGUUAAUGGACCAUGGUAUUGUCUCCUGGGACAUGGUGUCACUCACGUUCAUAAAGCAGAUUGCUGGAUACGUGUCUCAACCAUCAGUAGAUGUCUCCAUUCUGCAGAGGUCGUUGGCCAUCCUAGAAAGUAUGGUGCUAAACAGCCAGGCUCUGUACCAUAAAAUAGCCGAGGAAAUCACAGUGGGUCAGCUGAUUUGUCACCUGCAAGUUUGUAACCAGGAAAUCCAGACUUACGCCAUUGCUCUCAUCAAUGCACUGUUUCUGAAAGCUCCUGAGGACAAGCGCCAGGAGAAGCCUCAGAAUAUCUUGGAUCUUCCCGUUAGUGAGAUGGCAAACAUAUUUGUACAGAAGCACCUCCGAUCUAUCAUACUCAAUCAUAUUAUACGAGGAAAUCGGCCCAUUAAAACAGAGAUGGCACAUCAGUUGUAUGUGCUCCAAGUGCUAACCUUUAAUCUCCUAGAGGAGCGGAUGAUGACCAAAAUGGACCCCAAUGACCAGGCCCAGAGAGACAUCAUAUUUGAAUUAAGAAGAAUUGCAUUUGAUGCAGAGACUGACGGCAGCGGAGUGUCAGGCACUGGGACAGAAAAGCGCAAGGCCAUGUAUAGCAAGGACUACAAGAUGCUGGGCUUCACUAAUCAUGUGAACCCAGCUCUGGAUUUCAUUCAGACACCCCCGGGUAUGCUGGCUCUUGACAAUAUGCUGUAUUUGGCAAAAUUCCACCAGGACACCUAUGUACGGAUUGUGUUGGAGAACAGCAGUAGGGAAGAUAAGCACGAAUGUCCAUUUGGACGCAGCGCCAUUGAACUGACUAAGAUGUUAUGUGAGAUACUUCAGGUUGGAGAACUGCCGAAUGAAGGUCGUAACGAUUACCACCCCAUGUUCUUUACUCAUGAGAGGGCAUUUGAAGAAUUCUUUUGUAUCUGCAUCCAGCUGGUUAACAAAACCUGGAAGGAGAUGAGAGCUACUGCUGAAGACUUUAACAAGGUGAUGCAGGUGGUGAGGGAGCAGAUUACCCGUGCUUUGCCCUCCAGGCCAAACUCUCUGGAGCAGCUGAAAAACAAACUGCGCGGUCUGAGCUACACAGAAAUCUUGAGACUUCGGCAGUCUGAGAGGAUGAGCCAGGAUGACUUCCAGUCCCCGCCUAUUGUUGAACUGCGUGAGAAAAUUCAACCAGAGAUUUUGGAAUUAAUUAAACAGCAGCGGCUGAACCGCCUGUGUGAAGGAAGCAGCUUCCGUAAGAUUGGCAAUCGUAGAAGGCAAGAAAGGUUUUGGUUCUGCCGUCUGGCUCUUAACCACAAGGUUUUGCACUAUGGAGACUUGGAGGAGAAUGCACAAGGCGAAGUGCCGUAUGAGUCCCUGCAAGAGAAGAUCCCAGUUGCUGAUAUCAAGGCCGUGCUUACAGGGAAAGACUGUCCCCAUAUGAAGGAGAAGAGUGCACUGAAGCAGAACAAGGAAGUUUUGGAAUUGGCCUUUUCCAUACUGUAUGACCCAGAUGAGACUCUCAACUUUAUUGCACCAAAUAAAUACGAGUACUGCAUCUGGAUUGAUGGUGUGAACGCUUUGUUGGGGAGGGAGAUGAGCAGUGAGCUAACCCGUAGUGACAUGGACACUCUGCUCAGCAUGGAGAUGAAGCUGCGUCUGCUGGAUCUGGAAAACAUUCCAAUCCCUGAGGUGCCUCCUCCCAUCCCCAAAGAGCCCAGCAGUUAUGAUUUUGUCUACCACUACGGCUGA